UUUCUUUCUUUCUUUCUUUCUUUUUCUUAUACUUUACUUGUUUUAUUCUGCAAUCUUAUUACAAUGGAUACAUUGGCUUCUGAAGAAACCACAUACUCUUUACCAUCACCACGAGAUUUAUUGCUAUCAUCUUCUCAGGAACAACAACCAAUGGAGGAUUCUCCAGUAGACAAGAUGAUGGUUGACGAACCAUAUGAAACUGAAGAUAUUCAACCUUCUUGUGAAAAACCUCAAUUACCUUCUAUCAGUAAUAUUCAACCAUAUUCACCGAUUCCUCAUUCAUACAAUGUUACUUCCAACAAUAACGAUAAUCCUACUACAACGGCCAAUUCUGAUAUCACCACUAGUCCAACUACUAUUACUACAACAACUACAACCACUAACUCAGCAACAUCUCUUCAUGGAGUACCUGCUUCUGAUGAAUAUCUUCGUCAUCGUAUGUCGGAUAUGUCUAUGUCUGCUGUCUCUGGUGGUUUACCUUUGGAUCGUUCUCGAAGUAAUAAUUCUACUGUUCCUCCUCCUGGCUCAAGUCCAAAUGGAAUAGUCAACAACAAUAACAAUACUGUGUUAUCACCUUUGGAACCUAGUCAUUAUGAUGGUUCUGUCUCUUAUUCUCGACGUGGAUCUUUGGUCAAUAUGCCUCCUUCCUCUCUGCAUCAUGAUUAUCGUAGACCUUCUAUUACUGAACUCGGUAGUUUGCCUCUUCCAACUACAUCUACUAGUACAAGUCGUCGUGACUCUAUAGCUACAAUCACUACUGAUUAUGAUUAUCACACUUCUCGUUCACCUUCGCCUUCACCAUUCAAACAACAUCAUCAUCAACAACGAUCAUCAGAUAUGGAUUAUUCUUCAUCAGCCGGUCAUAUUGCUCCUCCUUCAUAUGAUUCUUUUCAUCGACGUCAUUCAAUUGCAACUGCUGAACCUUCUCAUUCUUCUUCUUCCAAUCGAUUUGCUUCUAAACAUCGACCAUUCAGAUUUCCAGCAACUAUUCAUGAAUCACCCAAUGGAAUUUAUUCUGCACCAUCAAGUCCUCCUGAAAUCAUGAAUUCAACAAAUGGAGAAGUGAAUACUGGAACAACUCAUGAACUCGGUUCAUCAAAAUAUCCUCGUACUCAUAACAUGCGACAUGGAGGAGAUCAUCUUUCAGGUUACUCGUCUCAUCACCAUCAACAGCAACAUCAUCACCAUCAUCAACAACAAAAUCAACGUGUACAUCAUGGACAUCCUUAUGCAGGAAGUUAUUCUCGACGCCGAUCUAUUUUGAAUGAUGAAGAUACUCCUUCUUUAGCUCGUCGUGCAUCUAUGCCUGUGGUGACAAUGGGUCGAGCUCCAGCUUCCGGUGCACUACAUCAUCCACCUACACCAACUCCUACGCCACCUCAUCAUCAUCAUCUUGGUCACACAUCUCACCAAUAUCAAAAACUCUCUUCAUCAUCAAGGUUAGGAGGAAGUGAUUCAUAUAACACAACUACAGGAGGGUCAACUAUGAUAGAUGAAGAACAAGAACUUGAAGGACGAGAUAAAGGAUCUAGUGGUAGAAAAUCUGAAACACCUUAUUCAAGAAGUCCCGAAUUACGAGUUAGCCACAAGCUUGCCGAACGUAAAAGACGAAAGGAAAUGAAGGAAUUAUUUGAUGAAUUACGUGACUCCUUACCUGUGGAAAAGAACUUGAAAACAUCCAAAUGGGAAAUCUUAUCAAAAGCGGUGGAAUAUAUUACAGCACUGAAACGGCGUGAUUUUGAAAAAGAAAAUGAAGUUAAUAGUUUACGGCAUGAAUUGGCAAUGAUGAAACGGGAACGAAGUGGAAGUUAUGGAACAUUACCAUAUUGAAUAGGUUGAAUUUUAUACCAAGCUGGAUACUCUUCUUUUUUUUUAUAUAUAUAUUUUAUACCCCUUCUCUUUAUCUUUUUUUCUCACUCACCCCUCUCGGUCUACUAUAUCAUUCUUGCUUAGUCUUAGUUCAUCUAUUCUUUUCUCC